AGACGAGUGUGUCCAGAAACUGAAAUGUUGGCAACCAACAUCGGGCGUAGUUAGUAUCGAGAAAGGCACGGCGAGUGGACAACGUGCCUGCACGAUGCGUUCACACCCCACUGUAUUGUUCUGUGUACUCUUCGCGGCCCUCACCAAUGCCCUCAAACAAUGCGACGAUUGUGUUAAGAUAACAAAUUGUGCAUCGGCAAUACAGCUGAUCCGCACAGACAGAAGUGCGGCGGCAAUUCAACAACUGCAAAAUGCACUCUGUGGUUUUGAAGGUGUUCAAAAGGUGUGCUGUUCUGAUUUCUUUACCAGUCGAUCUUUGAAUGUUGAAAAUGAAAGCAAAAACAACACACAAACAUCUGGAGACGAAAUCGAAAAUCAUCGUAACAUACGACUUCUACCAACUGAGUGUGGCGAUGUAGACGGGAACAGAAUUGUCGGAGGAACCAGUGCAGGCCUGUAUGAGUUCCCCUGGCUUGCCCUCAUUUCAUACAGAGAUAAUGAAGGAAAAUUAAAGUUUAAAUGUGGAGGCACAGUUAUAACUGCUAGGUACGUGCUGACGGCCGCACACUGCAUCAAAAACCAACAAAUAGUCGGCGUUAGAAUUGGAGACUACGACAUAAGCCAACCUGAAGAUUGCGUGGGAGAGGAUGAAAUACGCGAAUGUGAAUCCAAAUUUCAGGAUAUCGCCGUAUCUCAUAAAAUACAUCAUCGCGGUUAUGUUACACAACCAUACAUAUUAAAUGACAUUGGUCUGCUACGUCUCGCCAGACCUGUGGAUUUUUCUUACAGAAAUUCUGGUUCAAUUUGUUUGCCUAUCACAAAAGAUCUACGAGAAAAAGAUCUAGUAGGUGAAAGAGGUGUCGUAGCCGGCUGGGGUAUGACCGACAUACAAACUAAAUCCAAUAUUCUACUUAAAGUUGAAUUGCCUAUAUUCUCAGAAUCCUCGUGCAACAUGCUCUACAAAAGCACUUCAAGACAGCUCGGACCAGGUAGGAUGACAAAUACGUUUUGCGCCGGCGAAAUAGGCCACGAUUCUUGCAAAGGUGACUCCGGUGGACCUCUAAUGCUCGAAUCAUAUUACGAUGGUACUUACAAAUUUGUCCAAUUCGGCAUUGUUUCUUAUGGACCUAGACUAUGUGGCUCAGAAAAACCUGGAAUAUAUACCGAUGUCCGGAAAUUUAUGAAAUGGAUUUUGGAUACAAUUAAACCAUAGAUAGUAAUAAAAACAAUAAAGUUAUUUUUUUUUA